AAUGAUAACGUUUGACGUGCUUGUUGUCAAAUUGAGUGACAAAAAUUUGACUGAUAAGCACUUUCAGCUUACGCCAAUUGUCACAACUUGAGCUUUAAAUUUUUCUCCUCCUUCCUCUUUUUACCGGCGUUUUUUGCCUCUUCUUGCCUUUUGUUUUUCUUGUUUCGCCUUCAUCUGUGUUUGGCACCGUACACUUGAUUAGUCAAUGUGUGUGUGUAACGUUUCUUUCAUUUUAAUUGAUGUUCUUUUCUCUAUUUUCUCCUCCUUUUUUCGACAGAUCAACUGAAUAACAAGUGUGUUUUUUGGUGGCGAAAGGCGCGACAAUGCUCAAUGAGGUUUGGUCUCAACAUCCCAUCUCAUUGAUUCAAUCAAACUUCAAUCCUGGAUAGACUCAAUAAAAUCAGUUAUCAUACGAUUUACUAAGCUUAGUUGAUCUGGGAAAAGUGAAAAGUGUAAUUCAUAUCCAUCAGUAAAUAUUAAAAGUGUUUUUCCUGCUAGAAAAAAAAGAAUUACCAAUUGGAUUAAUCAACAUGAUAAACGGCAAACUGUUAUUUGUUAUCGGUCUUCAGACUAUCUUUGUUUAUGGACAACCUAUUUUCACCCCAAUGGCUGGCCAAUUUGGAUUACCAUUGGAUACUUUAGGAGCAGCAACAGGGUAUGCAGGUGGUGGAGCAGGUUUUCCGUUACUCAGUCCAAUGGAGCUGAACGCAAUCAUGGCAGCUCAAGUAAGAGGAGGAAACUUUAAGAGUGCUUUCACUCCUGACACUGAACCACAGGGAUAUUCUGGAUAUUCUGGAUUUGGUGGAAACAACAAUGGAUUUAUGCCAAACUUUGAAGAAGGCUUUAACAAUGAUGGCAACAGUGAAUUUUACGAGGCUCCCCAACACGGUGAACCUUUCCCUGUACAACAAGAAGCUGAACCUCAGAUGAAGAAACCAGAACCCAAAGGUCGAGACAAUCGAGGUCGAUACCACAAGGAUGAGGCUUCAGAAGGACCAGUAGAAGGUGAACAUUCAGAGGGACCACAAGAACCAAGACAUGAACAAAACCCAAGACAUCACCAAGCACACCGUGAAUCAGGUCCAUCCAAUGGACAGUCUCAUCAAAGAGGAGCUUAUCGGGAAGAAGAACGAGAAUCUGCUGAACCCAAUUACAAUGAACCCGCUUCUGGUGGAGCUUAUCGGGAAUAUCGAGGUUCAAGUGGACCCAGUUCUGCUGCUGAUGAAGGUUCUGAUGGUCCUGAGGGUAACCCUGGUAGCCCUGGUAGUCCUGGUAGUCCCGAGCCUUACUCUAGAGAACAAGAACGGGAAACAUAUCGUGAUGAGGCUCCAGAACAUUUCCGUGACAAUUCCAGACUCAGACACAACAACUAAUCUACUAAAAUCAUUAACAAUUUUCACUAAUCACUUCACUUUUUUUUAUUAACAUUUGUUCCUCAAUUGUAACUGUUUAUCAAUCACAUUACCAAUCAUGUCAACCGGUUUGAAAUUGGUAGUGUAACGUAAAAAUAAAUCAAUUAACUUAUUUAAAAGUGUUUACCAAUUUAAUGUAAACUAUUGGAAAUGACCCUUUUCAAUAAGUUUAGUUGAUUCCCAAUAUAAAAGGGUAAAAUUGGUUUCGCUAAAUUAACCCAUUCACAUGAUGAAUAAUUAAAAUAAUCAACUUAAACAAGAA